UCGUAGACUAUGUAUCAAGUAAUAUGAAAAGCGGUUAAUAUCUAUGUGUGAACGCUUAUUAGAGAAUGGUGAAAUUAAUCUAACUCGACUGGUUCGAUGAGCAACUGGAUCACUGUAUAUACCUCAAAGAAAACCGCCUUAUUUGCUUUACAAUGGGAGGACGAGGACAAAGACGCCGAGUGAACUGCUGGUGGGUUAGCGGGAUUUUGUUGCUGUGCUUUGUGGAGCGGAUUGUGGCUCAGCUAAAAUACUCUGUCCCAGAAGAAGUGCAAGUGGGAUCGCCUGUUGGAAAUGUUGCCAAGGAUUUAGGUCUUGACACUAGCACCUUGACAGACAGGCGGUUUCGUAUUGUUUCGGUUCCAAAUCAUGCUCUGUUUCAGUUAAAUCAGAACAAUGGAGUCUUGUAUGUUGGAAAAAUUAUGGACCGUGAGGAGCUCUGUGAUGGAACCAAGGUUUGUCUGAUAAACCUGAAGAUUGUUGUUGAAAGCCCACUUGAAAUACAUUACGUUGGUGUUGAAAUAACAGAUGUUAAUGACCAUUCACCGACUUUCCCAGAAAACGAGCAGCGACUGGAAAUAGCAGAGCAUACUCCUCCAGGCACUCGUUUCCAAAUUCAUGCCGCCAGAGACCCUGAUGUUGGUACACAGUCAGUUCGAUUAUAUAAAUUGAACCCAAAUGAUUUUUUUGAUACAGAAGUGAGAGACAGUGAGGAGGACAAGAUACCGUUUUUAGUGCUGAAAAAGCCCCUGGACAGGGAGAAAAAGGCAGAACAUCGGUUAGUAUUAACGGCGCUUGAUGGGGGCAGUCCGUCCAAAUCCGGGAGCCUUAAUUUAACUAUCACUGUGCUAGAUGCAAACGAUAAUCGCCCUGUUUUCAGCAAAGAUACAUAUAGUGUGUCAUUAGAUGAAAAUGCCCUGAUAGGAACUCUUGUAAUACAAUUAAACGCUACAGAUUUAGACGAAGGUUUGAACAGCGAAAUUGAAUAUUCCUUUGGCAAAACACAAAAGAAAAAAGUGCAUGAUACCUUUGAACUAGACAGUGUCACUGGCGAGAUUCGAGUGAAAGGAAAAGUGGACUUUGAGGACACGGAGAUUUACAGACUAGAUUUACAGGCUUCAGAUAAGGGUCACCUACCCUGGACAGCCGAAAGCAGAGUUGUGAUAAAAAUUAAAGAUGUGAAUGAUAACGAGCCAGAUAUUGAAGUAACAUCACUGUUGAACGUCAUCCCCGAGGAUUCAAAGCCUGGCACUGUUAUCUCUCUCAUCAGUGUCACGGACAUAGAUUCGGGUGUUAAUGGAAAAGUUAUUUGUAAAAUCUCGAAUAAUGUUCCUUUUGAUUUGACGCCAUCCAUUGAGGAGAACAUGUAUUCUCUUGUAGCAAAAGGACGUUUAGACCGAGAAACUGUGUCCCAUUAUGACAUCACGAUAACAGCUACUGACUGUGGGGUCCCUCCACUUUCUUCUGCAAAAACUUUGCGUGUUCAGGUGUCAGAUGUAAAUGAUAACAGACCAGUUUUUAGUCAGAAUCCAGUUGAACUUUAUUUGGUAGAAAACAAUGCUCCGGGGGCAUCAAUUUAUUCUGUAACUGCUGUUGAUAAUGAUCUGAAUGAAAAUGCAGCAAUAACAUACCGUAUUAUAAGAGGUGACAGGCUGCAGGGUGAUAUGACAUCUUUCCUCAAUGUAAAUUCAUUAAACGGAGAAAUAUCCGCUCUAAAAAGUUUUGACUUUGAAACUUUGAAAACUCUCCAGUUCCACGUUGUUGCGUCAGAUUCUGGAACACCGUCACUAAGCAGUAACGUCACAGUGAACAUGUUCAUUCUGGAUCAGAACGACAACGCUCCAGUCAUCCUGUAUCCACUCAGCUCUAACGGUUCUGCUGAAGGUGUGGAGGAGAUUCCCCGCAACGUGAACGCAGGACACUUGGUGACUAAAGUCAGAGCCUAUGACGCUGAUAUAGGAUAUAACGGCUGGUUACUGUUUUCACUGCAGGAAGUUACUGACCACAGUCUCUUUGGUUUGGACCGCUAUACAGGACAGAUCAGAACACUUCGCUCAUUCACAGAGACAGACGAGGCUGAGCAUAAACUGAUCAUACUUGUCAAAGACAAUGGGAACGUUUCACUCUCAGCAACAGCUACUGUGAUUGUCAAACUUGUGGAGCCCAAAGAGGCUUUUGCAGCUUCUGAUGUUAAAAGUUCAGCAAAAGCAGAUGAGGAUAAUAAUGUGACUUUUUACCUGAUGAUAACUUUGGGCUCAGUUUCAGCACUUUUUCUAAUCAGUAUCAUCGUGCUGAUUGCAAUGCAGUGCUCAAAAUCCACGGACUAUACUUCUAAAUAUCUACAAGAGACUAAUUAUGAUGGGACACUGUGUCACAGCAUCCAGUACAGGUCUGGAGACAAACGGUACAUGUUAGUUGGACCCAGAAUGAGUAUAGGAUCUACUAUAGUCCCGGGCAGCCAUGCAAAUACACUAGUGCUCCCUGACAGGAGGAGAACAUCUGAAGAGGAGGUUUUGUUCUAG